AAAAUAAAGAAAGAAGAUUAUGAAUUGACAUAUGACAGUUGUCAAUAAAUUUUGGCUGGCUGGAAUUUGGAUUUGGAAUUUAUUGAUUAUCCCCUAAAUUAAAUAUGGCUACAAAUUUAUCUCGAACAUCGCUCCUAAGAAUCAUCAACGCAAGGGGCUAUGCAGCCCUUCCGCAUCCACUUUCUGGCAUUCCGAACGCAGAAGUAAAAAGUACAGUUCUCCCCAACAAAACUGUUGUCGCUGCUGUUGAUAACAAUGCGUCCCUCACCAGAGUUUCAAUCGUAUUCAGGGCUGGAAGUCGUAACGAAGAUCCCGAGAAUUUAGGCGUAGCUCACGUUUUGAGGACGGCCGCUGGUCUGAGUACGAAAAACUGUUCGCAAUUCGCCAUUAUCCGCAACAUCCAGCAAGUCGGAGCCAAUUUAACGGCCACAUCUGAUAGAGAAACUAUCUGCUACACGCUGGAAGGUACCCCGGAGGCUGUGGAAUGCGCUUUACCAUUCUUAACCGAAGUAGCCACCCAGCAAGAAUUUAGACCUUGGGAAGUUUCCGAUUUGUCCAGUAGAUUGCAGUUGGAUAUUGCUACAAGACCAUUGCAGUUGAGAGCUAUCGAUUUACUGCACAAUGCUGCUUUUAGAGGACGCGGUUUGGGUAAUUCUCUGUUUAUUCCGAAAACUCAAAUUGGUAAAAUUUCGUCCGAAACUCUGCAACAUUACGUUUGCUCAAACUUCAAAAGCGGACGUAUGGCGGUCGUAGGUUCAGGAAUCAGUCAAAAGGAGUUGACGUCUUUUGCUAACUCUUUGAAAAUAGAAAAUGGUGAAGGCGAUAACACCCCAUCUCCUUACAAAGGAGGCGAACUAAGAUCGAACAAAGGUGGUCAACUAGCAUUUAUUGCUGUAGCAGGAGAAGGUGCUGCUCUCAAAAACAGCAAGGAAGCUCUCGCUUUUGCUGUACUACAAGGAGCCCUUGGAGGAGGCCCCCAGGUUAAACACGGAAUUACAGACAGCGGUGUCUUCAGGAAGGCUCUUGGAAAUAGCCCUGACGUUAGUUCCGUAGCCAUAAACGCGAGUUACUCUGACACAGGUCUCUUUGGGCUUCUACUGGCCGUUCCGACGAAGUCGGCAAGAAGUGCUCUAGAAACCGCUGUUAAAGUACUCAAGAGUGGAACAGUCUCCGAUGAAGAUGUCACCAGAGGUAAAAAUCAAUUGAAAGCAUCGAUCCUCUUCAGUGCUGAAAGUGGGGCAGAUAUUGUAAGAACUAUUGGACAAGAAGCUAUUUUGACGCAAAAAGUUACAAGUACUAGUGCACUUUUGGCUCAAGUAGAUUCUGUUUCUACCAGUGAUGUCGCAAAUGCUCUUAAGAAAGCAGGCCAGAAACUAUCAUUAGCAUCUGUUGGAAACUUAGCUGGAGUACCCUUUUUAGAUGAACUAAAGUAAUUUUUUGUACAUUCUAUUUUUAUUUAUUGUAAUAAGCGAGUUUGAAUGGCAUCAUGCGAAAGCAUUUUGUUAAUAACAAUGUUAAAAUAAAGUAUUACCUAAGUUUCAUUAAUUUCCCUGUAUAAAAUAGGCAAUAAAUUGAAGAAAAAAUAUUAUUAAACGCUCAAGCAACAUUAAAUUGGACAAAUGUGGGUUCCAUUAACACAACUUUAACAAAUUAGAUUUAUUAUAUAAUAAAGAUAUGUUUGAUACGUUUACAAUUACGUGAAAUAUAAACGAAAUAAAUGCUUUGAUAUUAAACUUGACUUACACACUAACGACAAUUAUAAUGCUAAUGAAUAGUAAAAUUAUUGUAAUCCAAUAUGCACAUGUUUUAUCUUUUCUAUCAACUACACUUACAUGCCUCGUUUCAUCCCUAACGUUUGCAUCUGUUCGAAUGAUUUGCGUAUCCAAAUCAUCC